GAUAGUCAACUCUCGUGUACGGACGAUAAUUGUUGCUUCACAGCGCCAACCAAAACAAACCAAUCUAAAUCAAGCUGACCAAGCGUACGCGUAUUGUGUGAGCGCCGCACCGCAGAUUAAUUACGUGCCCAAUUAAAUAAAAAUACACAAAUAAAAACAACUUUUGUAAACACGUAAAGUGUAGUGAACGUUCUUAAACUAGCGCUGACUAAUCAGCUGACAACCGCGCUGAGCCGCAAGCAAAUCCACGCAGCGUCAAGGGCCAAGCGAGCCAUUCCGUUGCACAGGGCGAGUAACUGUGCAUUACUGUGUCGGCUUGAUAAGCGAAAAUGUAAAUACUGUUGCGUAUUGCCGGUCAUGUGAAGUACGUCAUAAGACGUCGAAUUUAGUGCAAAAGAAACAACAGCAAGAACAAAUAAGAACUUCAUUUAAAUAUCGAUAAACUCAGCGCGGAAUUCGAUAUUUACGCCAAUUGUGUGCACUAUACUCGUGGGCUUUUGUGUGUGAAUGUGUGGGUGUGAGCAGUGCAAAGUGCCGGCAUUCGUAUUUGCGUUGCAAUAAACAGUGUGUGUGUGUAUGCGUUUGCGCUCGUGGGCAGGUGAGCACUUAUAGAAAAACAAUAACAAUAUUGCACGAGCUUCUUGAAGUAAAAUUAAAAUUAAAAAAAUUGUGAACAUUUCGAACAGCCUUUGGAAGCAACAAAGUGGCAUUACACAGCAAAAGCGCAAACAAUUGCAAUUUUGUAGAAACUGCUGCCACAUUUACACAGUUGCCGAACCGGCCGACAAGCGAAGGCGAAUGUCAUAAGAACAAAAAACCCAACAAAACAAACAAAAAAGAACACUGCCGUCAGCAAAUAAGGCCAUAGCAAUAACAAAACCGUAAUAAUUGUGUAAAUAGUACAUAGUGAACUUGAAUAGUUCUUUUGCCAACGCAAAGAAAGUGAAAAAGUGAGCAAUUUUACAAACUCACUUGUGUUACGUGCAUUUCCCUGACGGCUAUCAGCAUUCUCAGCUGGAAAUUUUGCCGUUGCGGACUUUUGCAACAAAUUUGGUUUUUCUUGUGUCGUGUUUAGUGCGAAUUUGGCUUGCAGCGUGUGCGUUUUCGUGCACGAAGCAGUUUUCGAGCGCAAAGAAUCUGUUGAACACAGACAAGAUAAGAAGAAAAUCGGUGGAUUAUGCUUAGGAAUAAGCCGAAACAGCACAGAACGCUUACGCCGAAACGAGUGGAGCAUGUAGUUGCAGCGAGUGAAGCCAAUGCGGCCGCCCUUCUAUGCGAAUCCAUACAAACGUCGUUGCCGCUGUCAUCCAUACAACAGCCGAAUAUUAAAGAAAAACUCAUACAAAAGCAUAACAAAAAUAUUGAUACGAACUUUGGUGCACAACAGCAACAACAACAAAUAAAACAACAACAUCACGUGAAGCAAACUCCGAAAAGCGUACAGAAUUUGAAUGGUGUUAUUAAAAGAUCACUACUAUCGAUAUUGACGCCCCGGGUCAGUGUGACAAGCAGUUUCUUUGGCGGGCGCAGUGUCUUCCCCGCAUUAAGGUGUGCGUCUCCGUUUGAGGAACACUUCAUUUGUGCGACAAAUUUCAUGUCGGCAAUACGCUAAAGACUUGUGCGCUGAAAAAACACGAGAGUUAGGUGACCCCGCGUGUGGGAGAGAGAAAAAGUCUCAAAUAUUUAUGCAUUAAAAAUUGAAAAUAAAAUACUUUUAGACUAUAUAGUGCAGAACAGUGCAAUAAUUAAAAAGUUCUCAACGCAAAAUCAAAGUUUAUUCAAACGAGGCGAUUAGCAACUCACUGAAAUCUUCGUGAUAAUCGAUAAAUGAUAAAUGCAGCAGGUUUAGUGCAAGCUUUCGCACGACGACCAAGUGUGAGUAGAAAAGAGCAAAAUCUAUGUGGCGUUCAAGAAGUAAAGUGAAAAAAGUUUAAAAUAAAAAAAUUAUAUUGCAAGUGAGCUAAUUUGUCUACGGUGACAAGGUUCUGUUAUAAGGAAGUCAAAUAAACACGGAAGCCUUGAAUAACAGUUUGCGAAACUGCGCAAAUACAGAAACCGCAAAAUAAUAAGGUCCCUGUACACAUUACGCUAAAGCAAAUAGUGGGAAACCCAGUAACAACUGUUUAAAGAAAAGCGUUAAAUAAUAAUUUGUAACAUCUGUACUUAUCAACACAAGCGUCUUUAUAUAUGUAUGUAUGUAUUAUUGUGUGACACAUGAAUAACAACAGUGUUAAAAAAUAAUAUCAAAUAAAAAAGCGGCUUUGCAAUCAUUGUGUGAAUUUUAUAGCUCAUUAGCAAAACCAAAACCAAAACAAAAUCACUUAUCUACGCCUUUGUGGCCGCGUUCUUUCUUGUUCUUCAAAUAUUUCGGUUCGCUCCUAACCGCAAUUUUAGAUUUUUUGGUUCUCCGUCACUAAUUUGUGAAAAUUAAAGUAUUGUCGCGCAAUCAACGUGUGAAAGCCCUAGUAAAUUGCUAUUAAAUUAUAAACAAAUAAUUUUGGCAAUUUUAUAUAUUUUUUGAUUGCUACGAAUUUAAAAAAAUAUGCGAUUUCCUGAAAAUUAGUAUUGAAAAAGUGACAAAAACGAAGAGUAAAAGUAAAGCUCACAAGUGCCAAAAGUGUUGAUAAAAUAGAGUAAAGCGUAUGAUAAAUGUGCAAUAAAUUGUCGCGCUGUCAAGUGAGAGUGUGAACAGGUGUUUAUUGUUAACGAAAUAGCGAAAAUAAAAGCAAUAAAAACGUUGAAAAAUUUCAAAUUGUGUUCAAAAUAAAAAGUCAGAAUCGCCCUUCACACAUUUUCUCGACGAAAAGUCAUAGAACUUUCGUCUAAAGCCAAAAAGUGUUAAUUGGUCAUUUUAACGGCUGACGUCACACGCGCGUUAUAUCAAAAAAAAAAAAAAAGAAACGUAGUGAUCCUCCGUACUUCUUUUCACACACUUUCUGAUUUUAAUUUUUUCGGUUUGUUCGGUUUCCAAAAUUUCGUAGAAGACAAUGUCCACUGGUCGCCGUUUAGCCAAACGUUCAAUAAUCGGUACAAAAGUUUGUGCGCCAGGUCCGGAUGGUCUCUGGUAUUCGGGCGUUAUACAAGACGUCAAGACGCCACCUACUGCCACGGUCACUUCGUCGUCACUAUUGGCAACGAGUGAUUCUGCCGCAGCCAACAACAACGGUACAAAUCUUACCGCCGACACUAAAUAUAUAGUACGCUUCGAUUUUAAGACACAAACCAUGGAGCACAACUUGGACACAUCGCCCUCAUCGUCGUCCAAGUCGUCCGUUUUAUUGGAAGCACGUCGCACUGUAAGCGCACAUUACAUUAGUCCCGCGCAAGCUUUGCGUCGCAACGCCAUGAUUAAGGAGUUUCGCGAGUCGGACUUGAUCGGUCCGGGUUUUCGUUCCAUAUUGGGUAUACAAUUGCAGCCGGGCCAACGUGUUUUUCUCACCCACAACGGACGUGAGACCUCGGGCGAUGUCAUUUCUCAUGAUGUAGAAAAGGACGAUGUUGUCGUAAAGAUCACCACAAUCGGAACUGAGGAACCUAUUGAGCUGAAAAAACGGUUGGAAGAGGUGCGUCUGCUCGAAUCGCGACGCUCUGCACGCUUGGCUGAUCAGGAACGCGACACAGAUUUCGCACGCCUAGCCGACAUGGGUGGCGAUCGCCGCCGCACAACAUCACACAGCAUCGAGGUGCCAAUGUCCUUAACGCCGCAGAAUAACUCACGUAAACGUCCACAGCCAUACACACACGACUGCUUCAGCGGACAGUGCGGCGACAAAGAGGAAAUGGAGGAGUGUCAAGCAGCGAUGAUUUUAAUGAAACUCUCCCAUUCGCCCAAAAAUGCAGAGAAAUGGUACGGUUCCAGUCCGGGCAGUUCGUCGUCAUCGGGCAGCUCGUGGAGUUCGGGCAGCUCAUCGCCGCCGCUCAGCGACGAUGGUCAUGCCGGCCUCAACACGAGCGCCAUGCUGAAUGAUCCGAGCACACGCAUACGCACAACAUCAGUAUCCACCUCGGACGAGGGCAUCGUCGUAGACUUCAAGGAGGAGGCGCCACGCAAAAAGAGGGUAAGUCCCUUUGAAGUCAGUACAGAAGUUCAGCAAAUAGGAUCUCAAUUUAACACAAACAAAUCCAAAUUCAGAUGUACCUGGAAAGGCUGCAAACACAUAGAACACACACCGAAAAAGAUAGAGCGACACAUACGUAAUGUUCAUUUAGGUAACAAAAAAGCACGUCGCUCUGCUGAUUAUGAUGAAUCAUGUAGCGAAAAUGACCAUGAGGAAGAGUUCUAUUAUACAGAAAUCGAAGAUGAAGAGGAUGAUUGUAAAACACCGAGCCCUACAUCGCCACCCACUCUAAGCCACCGUGAUAUGGCUCGCCCACCACACGAAGACCCAGAAUACCAAAGAAAAAUAGUGGGCAAUUUCAAGCAAGGACGUGUCAAUCAACAACAACAGUUGCAACAAAAUCAGGGUCAACAUAUAAAUAACGGCAAGACGGUAUUCCAUGGUGGCACUUAUUUUACUACCAACAACAGCCACACCAAUCAGCAAAUGCAGAGCAAUUGCGUGUCGACUUCACCUCUAAAUCAUCAAAACUAUUGGCAGUCGUCAUCAGUACCGGUAGUACAAUCAGCACAAACCGCCAUUACAUCGGUGACAUCUAACUCAAGUCAGCUACUUCAUCAAAAUCAACAACCGCAGCCGCAGCAGCAGUCUCAAUUUGUUAAACACGCUCGAUCAUCGCCACGUCCGUCCCAGUCGACAGCGCCAUAUCCAUCUCCAACGUACCAUCACAAUUAUAGCAGCAGUCCGAAUAAUUGCAUCAGUAGUAACAGCCAUGGCAAUGUCAACAGUAAUUCAUGCAAUAACCAAAGCAGUUCCAUCACACCCAAUAAUAGUGGUGCCAGCAAUAUGCUACAACAGUUGUCCCACCAAAAUAUUACGGUGACGGCACAUCACACUGGUGCUCAUCACAAUCAGCCGCAACCACAGCAACAACUACCGGCUGUAACUAUUACGCCAAAUUAUACAAAUCAACAACCGCAACAACAGCAACAGCAGCAAAUACAACACAUGCAUGGUCACCAACAGUCGACGCAAUCCAGCGCAGCUGGAACUAUUGUGACAAUCUCCACAGCACAAGUUCACCAACAAUCGCAACAACAACAACAGACAUCUCAUCAUCAUCAUCAACAACAACAACAUUCACAACAUACAACCGUUGCCACGACAACCAAACACACACCGAACUCACCAAAUAGACGCACACGAGGCGAGAACAAGAAAUGUCGCAAAGUAUAUGGCAUGGAACGCCGUGAACUAUGGUGCACUCAAUGCAGGUGGAAGAAAGCAUGUACCCGAUUCGGUGACUGAAAAAGGGUCAAAACGUCGGCGGCGGCGGCGGAAACGACGACGACGGCGACCGCUGUAACGGCAGCGAAAAUGAUUUCGACGAGGACCACAACGACAGAACUGGCAGCAGGGGCGAAAUCGAAAUCACAAUUGCAUACAAUUGACACUGGCAAUACAGUCACGGUAACGCCAACUUAUGCGAAGUACAAGCGAACAAGCAACAAUUACAAUAACAAUAAUAUUGGCCAUAACAGCAACAAACACAAAUAUUUGGCAGCUUCCGCACCAGCAACUGCCGUGGCUACCUCCGUCAUUGUGAAGCCACCAAAUAACUUAAGAAAAAUCAUUGCUAGCAAUAAUAACCACCAGAACACUGCCAAUGGCAGCAACAUAGACCAUACGCCGAUGACUAGCAAACAUAAUAACUAUGGUACAAACACGGACGCUGAUGCACAUCUACAACAGCAACAAAUCCAAGUUGUUACAACUGCCAAUAACAGCAACAGCACUAAUAACAAUCACUUGCUGACCACUGCUGCCUCAAAUACUGAACUCGACAUUUGUAUGCGAACGUCGCUGCCAUCACAAUACUUUCCUUAAGCACCAACGCCACACACCACAAUACACUACAAGAGUUAGCAACAGUAGGGCUGAGCCCCACUUUAAGACGGCAUUAUCUAUGGCUGGCCGCGAAGACAAGUAUGAAGACGUUAUGAAAGCCGUAAUAAUCAUAACACUAAAUAAUUUUUCGGCUAUGUUUUUGACAUUUGCUGCAAUUUUUAUCGUACAUUAUUUUUAUUUUUUUUUAUUAUGUAUUUAAGAAAUGACUUACAAUAUUUUUUUUGCUUUUUUGUUAUUGUUUAUAUUUUGUUGUCUUUACUUAUUUGAUUGAUGAUUAUUUAGAUCAGCCUCCAACGGCAAUUUUACACUUUAAAUUAAUUAUAUAAAAUUAGAAAAAUUUUUCUUUACUUUUAAUUAUGUAUGUAUGUGUGUGUAUACAUGUAAACAUGUAUAACAUACAUGCAUACGUAUAUAUAUACAUAUAUACAUAUAUAGAUAUAUAUAACGGUACAUAUAGUAUUAAGAAUUUCAACCUUGCGCGACUCUACCAUUAUCCACACAUCAACUAGAAACCUAGUAGGUGCAUACACAGUUGGAAAUGAAAUAUUAUCUACAACGUACUCGUACAUAUGUAAAGUUACAAUGAAGUUGAAUAAAUAUAGAUGUGAAAGUAAUUGCUUUUAAAUUUACAAACACAAAACGUGUAUAUGUCAAUUUUGUUAUACAUAUACAUGCAUAUACAUAUAUAUAAAGAUAUAUACAGACAAUGUUAAUAGACAAGCGAAACAGCUAUCAUAUGUGUGUGUAUGUUGCAUAAGUACAUAGAUAGAGAAUUAAGUAUUACAUUAAACGUAAUCAUAACAACGGUAAUGUUUAACUUCAUUUAAAUAGCAAAAUGUUAAAAUAAGACAAAAUAAAUAAAGAGAAACGAAACAAACCAACUCAAAACUUAUCUUUAAGUUAGCUGUAAUAUAUUUAUGCCCACAUACACACAAGUUUAUGAAAAUGAAGUAAACGUAGGCAAGUAGUACCCAAACCAACUUACUCCGAUUACUACCGUAAACUCUAAAAGAUUUUCACAUUUAAAUUUCAAAAUCAUGUUGACACAGCUUUCACUCAUCACGGCCAAUUAUAAAAACAAUAUGUACAUUUGUUUCAAAUGUUGAACAUUUGCAUAAAUAGCAUACAUACAUAUUAUACCAUGGACUCAAGCGCAAUAAAGCAAUUUAGUUAUUCGUGAUACAAGGCAAUUUUCGAUUAUACUGAAUUCGUAACUAUAUUUAAAUACCAAAUGUAAUGUUAUAUAAUUAAUCACUGGAAUCUUAUGGAGCGUAGAGAUUUUAUACAAGAUCACCCAUUAACCUAUGUAACAACUUAUUUGGCAUCCUUUCGGUAGAACACAAAUUCUUUUAACGAGUGAUGAACAGCAGUUAUUUGCAGAUAUGACAUUUAUGGUAAAUAUGUAUGUAUGGUUGUACGUAUGCAUAUGAGUGUAGGUAGUGAUACCAAAAUCCCAAUUAUUUUAUCUAAAUAAGAAAAGAAAAAUAUUUGCAUUUCAAUAAUCUAAUCAAAGUAAAAUUUUGUUUUUGCAAACGUUUUUCGUAAAGCUCUUCAAAAAGACAGUUCAAUAAAUAACGCAAACCAAUUCUGAUAAAGUAGAACUCUCGCAAGAUCAUGAAAUUAAAAGAAGUGUUCAAAUUAAUGUAAUCUAUAGAUAUCUAAAUUUAAAGAAAUUUAUAAUUAUUAUAUAUGUAUAUUAUUUGAAUUAUACACAUUUCGUUCAUUGGAUUAUUAAUAUUUUUGUACCUAAAUUUAUGUACACGAUAGAAGUAGCACCUGUAUAAAACUACUAUUAUGAAUUUCAUUGACGACUAAGUUACACAACUAAAAUAACUCUAAAAAUUCGAAGGCUGCUUUGCUGCAAUAAAAUUGUUACUAAGUUGUUAUGGUAUGAAGCUGCUUUCACUUCAAAUUACAUGUAUGAAUACAUACAUAUGUACAUAUAUGAUCAUGUUUGUAGUUUUUCUCAAAUCUUUUAAAAUUUUUGUUAAAAUUCGGUCUUUACGAUUUUCUACUAAUUGAAGUAUACAAAUGCAUAGCAUAUUUACUGCUUUAUACAUGCAUAUGUGAUUUGCAAUGAUCUUAUUUAGAGAAACACACUAGACUUACCUUGGGAAUGCCAACGCACUAUCUCAAAGUGUUUCCCCAUCUAUUUCUCCGUAAACGUGAUUUGAAUGAAAUUCGUGAUAGUGGCCAUUGUAUAUAUAUAAAUUUUGUUUUUAUUAGAGAAACUAACAUUUAUUUCGAUUAUAUUUCAUAAGAGAAACAUUUAAACUAAGUACGGACAAGUAUCAAUCUUGAAAAAUAUACUGACAUUCUAAAACAAUGAUUUGUAUUAGCACUUUUGUAAACAUGUGUAUGUACACUGGCGAAUGUGUGCCAAGAUUGUGCUGUAAAUUAAUUUAUCUACUUUCACAUCUUCCCCUGCUAAUCAAUGACUUUCAAACACUUGUACACAUUUCUUUAUGUUAAUGAUUUAUUAUUAUUAUUUUUUUGGCAAUUACAAGAAAAAAUAAUUUUUAAGUGAUAUUUUUACAAGUUUUCGCUGAACUAGUAUGUAUUAGUAUAAGCAGUUAUGAAUAAAAAAAAUACGUUUAGCCAGCAGUAGCAGCAACAACAACCAGAACACUAAAUUCAGCAAGAAGAAGAAUAAGUUGAUUGCGAAAGUAAAUUUAUGAAAAAAAUAAUAAUAGAGAAGUGUAAGCCACUCACUCACUCACUUGCAUAAAAUCACGCCCAACUUCCCCUUUGUAUGUACAUACGUGGGUACAUGCAUACAUACAUACAUGAAGUUUAUUUAAACUAUAAAUACAAAACUUACAUUUUGAACUUUAAUAAACAAUUGUUAUUUAUAAUUAAAGAUAAAAGCCCAAAAACUAAACUUUGUUUCUUUUAUUUUGAAACUGUUUUCUUGCUUAGUAAUAUGUAUUUUUAAAUAUUUAUUAUUUGGAAAAUUGAUUCUCGGAAGCCUCAAAAUAGAUAUUAGAGAAUAGCUAUAGUAUCAAAAUUAGCUUCCAUGAUGAUGGUUUAAAAUUUUUCUCCCAAAGUGUGGUUUUUAUGUUCAUAUUUUUAGAAUUAAUACUGUUUGGUCAGCGUAAGGCGCGUGUGGGAGAAUUCUAAAGUGCGAACAAGCAUAUUUCACGGGUUCAGAUAAUAAAAACAGAACAAAAUAAACAAGUACAAAUGAUAUUCUCCUAUAUUCACGAAGGCAUUCAUAUAGACAUUUUUGUUGAUAUUGAGGUGAAGGGCGCACUUUAAGCUCCUAAAAGUAUGCAACUAUCGAGUCUAAAAGUAUGUAAGAGUAGUGCUGCCAACUCAGAUAAUUUUUUUAAUGAAUAUCUAAAAUACCUUAUUGUUGACUAUGUUUUUCACAAUGUUGCAUUGUUUAUCAUAUAUUUAUAAAUUUUUGUUAAUGACUUUUUUUGAUUUUUUGUAAUACAGAUUAAAAAAGGUUAUAAGGUCAGUUGAAAGCUUCAUGAAAGCUAUUUAAAUGACGCGAAACUAACUAAAACACAACACCAAAUUAUAAAUAAUGUGCAUAUUUCACAACCAACAACAAUUCGACAUUCAUGCAUAAGUACAUACAAAAUGACAUAAAAGUGCGAACACGUAAAAUUUACAAUUCCCUAGUAAAGUUAGAAAAGUGAAAAAUUACCCUUACACCAAAACCUUUCGUUUUUAAAUUUACUCUCAAGUAUAAUCGGCGAUAGACUUACGAUAUAAGUUAACAACCAAUCUAGUAUUUACCUUAGUAUGUAUGCACAUGCACGUUAAAUACGUAAGUACUGUAUUCAUUAAAUUGCAAUAAACAAAUGUAAAACAGUUAAGUAUGUUUAUAUUUAGCGGUAAAUAAUUACGUACUCGUAUAUAGCUUUCCAUAUUUAAUAACUGUGUAAUUUCAAUUUACGAAUCGGCGGAAUCGAAAUUAUUUACAACCUUAAAAAUAAAAUAAUGAUUUAAAAAACGAGAAAAAUCGUAAAAAACUCUAACACUGCCAAUCAUUAACGCGAUUUCUAAAAUUCAUUCACUUCUAAACUAAGCGUUAUUUAUUGCUCGUUUACUUGCACAUACAUAUGUACAUACGUUAACGUGCGAUCGAUGCACUAGAGUUAAUAAAAUAUUUGCGUCUGUUUGCAAGCGCCAUACAAAACCAUCAACCUUAUGUCAAAUUCUCACAUACACUUGACAUGUAUACAUAGUAUAUACAUAUUUAUAAUUUUAUAAACUCACUUUUAAAGUAACAGUUUUUCAAAUGUUCACCAGGAGCUGGAUUGUAUAUAUUUUUAGUUUAUUAUGGCCCGUCAAACUUUGUAAUGAAAACAUCUUGUAUUAAGAAUAACUAUCGUUACAUAUACCAUAUUGAUACACAUUUCAACAUUGCGGAAGCUACUAGAGGACAACUGCUUUUUUGUUCGUUGAAAUAUAUAUUUCCUAUUUUUUACUACUAUUUUCGUUAAAAACUAGUUUUUACAUUUAAAUAUUAAACUGAGAAACAACAAUUGUUUUCUGUAUUCUUCAGCCCUUCCAUAUUAUUCAUAUGCUUCUUAUGAAUAUUCAUGUUCAUAGCUUGAAAAUUUUUAAAGUAAAUAAUAAAUAAUUAUAAACGUUUCGAAAAAUUAUUAAUAACUGUACACUCUUCUCUAAUUUUUAGUGAAAUUUUUUAAGAGAAAUCACUUGGGUAGAAGAGAAAAGAUUAUUAUUCUUCGUAUUCGAAUAAUAGCCUAGUGAAUACAAAACAUUUGAGCAAAUCUUCGAAAAUCUCUCUCUCCUUAUUGAAAAAGUUGAUUGUUCUUUAUAUUUUGACAAUCAUUUUUCGGAAGCCCAGUUUUAAACGGACUUUGACGGGGCAUUCUCAGCUAGCAUUUCUUUAUUUUAAUUAUUUACAAUUAAAUAAUUAUUUACAUUUUUUUUUAACUAUGAUUUCUUAAAACAAAAAUAAAAAAUAUUUAUUCUAAAGCAAUACAUGUAGACUACCAAUCGGCAACUAAAAACUGAACAAUCACAUAUUAAGACCGCUACCCGGGCUCCAUCAAUCGUUUACAUCGACCAAAACAUACACGCAUAGAACGUAAAAUCAACCCUAACCCUAAAACUAAUGUUAUUCACUUUUUAUAGUAUGUACUUGAGUACGUACUCAUUUCGAAAGGAAAAUUAAACGACUGAUUUAUUGAAUUAAUAAAAAAAAUAAAGAAGUAAAUGGAAAAUUCUUUUUUUGAGUAAAUUAUGAAAGAAAAGCAUUUUUUCAUUUUUAAUUGAGAAAUUCGAAUCGAAAUUUUUUACCGUAAUUAAUGUAAACAUCCCAACUGAACCGAACAACUCAUUACUGAAAAGUAAACAAAUUAAUAUCUUAAAAAUCAAAAAUUAGUAUUAAAUAUUUUCUACUUGAUAUUGAUUUUCAAGGAAUUUAGAAUUAUUUAUAAGAUGUUGUUGAGAUCGAUUUAAUAAAAAUUUUCGUACAAACGUGCUCGUACAUAAAAAGUGACUACAUGCAAACACCCAUGAAUGUGCGAAUUGAAAGUCCAGUUAAUGUAUAUAUAUAUAGAUUUAAAAUUAUACUAUAUUACAUAAUAAUUACGUCAUUCCCUUAUCCCUCUCCUUAACCAAUAACAAAAAAAUAAUUAUAAUUGUUCAAACAAUUUUUAAAAAAGUACUGAAGUUAGCACUAAAGAUUAUAUGUAAACCAGCACACAUUGGGAUAUAUCGUUAAGAAGUUAGCACAUAUACUUAAACAUAAAGUAGUAGCUCGAUAAAUCGAAUUAUAAUUUAAUAUGUACUAAGUUGAUUCGGCAACAAUUGCGAUUACACAUAAGCUACUUUGCAAUGUGAAGACGCAUCCAAGACUUUAUGCUAGACACAUUGGCAGUUGGAUACACAAGCGUAUACAAAUUAAUUUAUAUAUAUACAUACAUAUGAACAUGCAUUUGUAUGCGAUUCUACCCUUUAUUGCUACUUUUUACAAAGGUUUAAAAAUAUUUCUAAAAAAUCAUUGCUAUUUAUACCCUGAAGCUAUUUGUAAUAUAUAGUACAGGACGUUCUAGAAUUAUUGAAACUACUAAGAUUGGGAGGGUUGCAAAGUUCAAGUUUAAUAAUUCCUUAAUUUUCUUCCAGCAAGCUUUUCUUGAGGUCUGAGGAUAACAAAAAAGCUUUAAUAUUACAUUGCCGGACGCCCACUUUGCAAAGAACUGUCGCAUAACUAUUUUCUUGUACGAUAUAUCUAUCGUAUUCCCUUGAUAUCUUUAGAAUGUAGCUACCUCGAUUUAUUUCAUUUUACUGUCAUCCAUUAUCCUCUUUUCUAUUUGUUAAAUGUUUUCCUCGGAGACAGGUCCUCAAGUCAGCGUCUUCGAGGUUCAUAUGGCAUGUGGUUGUACAGUUCUAUCAAAUGAUAUAAACAACCAAGUUCGAUAUUUUGAUUGUGCUGGUGCCAUAACGUUCCAACCAGCUACCAAAUCAAAAAUUUGUAUUAUUUUCCCCCUGAAAGAAUUGUUUCUAUACCAAAAAUCUCGAAAAACAGUUGAAUUCUAAGAAUAUUCUCCUUCAUAUUUUAACUGUUUUGACACUAUCAUUAAGUGCAGUACACUUUUUCCAAUUCACUUGAAUAAGGGGAAGUACUUUGCAUGAAAUUAAGUAUUUAGAGUGUAAUGUGAACAUAACCUAAGAUAUUUUACAACUUUUUAACUGAAUGAAGUCCGAUAUCAAGACCAUAGAACAAGAGAUGAACUCCAAAGACAAACGUUUCGCAGGGUCCUUAAGAUUAAAUAACUAAUAAAUACUAUUAGUUUUAUUUUAUGCAAGAUGUUUUUUAGGUAUUUAAUACUUCAAUUUGUUAAAAUUUGCUAAUUAAAUACACAUUUAUCAAUUCUGAUCAAAGUUAACAAAAGUCGAUGCCCUAGAACGUCCUAUAUGCAUACAUAUUUGAGUUAGUACUUACUUACAUACUUUGCGUAGAACUAAUGAAAUUUGUCAGCAUUAGUGACUUUUUACGUUAAUCCCGCAACUGAAACAAAGAAACGAUAUAGAAUAUAUGUAUAUGUGUGUGUAAUUUAUAUACACUAGUUAUCAAAUUAGUGACUUUUAAACGAUAUAACAAAUUCGACUGACGAAUACAAAUCAAUUGAUGGAAAUAUCUCUAUAAGUAACUAAUUAAAUUAAGUAUAUUAAAUAUUGGACUGAAAUGCGAAAUUAUUGAUAAAUAAAUUUAAAAUUGAAAACAAAUACUUUUUUGGCGUAUUCGGCACUAUAUAUUUAAACGUUUUUACAAAUUAAAUUUAAUACAAAAAUCACACUUUUGGUGUUUGAUUUAAUAAAUUUUAAUGACUUACUGAACUUGAUUGUGUUACGUAAACAUUAUUAUUAAUUAAGUUGUGUAUUUGACCCGGUAACACGCUAUUAAACUUAAGUUAUUAUUAUAGGAAUAAAAUUGGCAAUUCUAGUGGUUGUAUGUGCAUUUCACUGCAGCAAAUCGAGUCUUUAGAUACACGCAUUUUAAAAAUCCGCCUGACGAACAUUUUGGUUUGCUCCAACGCCGUUACUCGUUUUAGACGCAGGCAACUUGCCACAAAUACCCGAAUAACCAUUGCACAUAAUUGAAAAUAAACUGCAAACUGCAAAAUGGCAUAUACCAAACAGAAAUAGUCGUAUUCAAGUAACUUAGCAGUUUUUGAAGUUGAAGCAUAUGCAUGUGUUUGUAUGUAUAUAAAGUUGUAAGCAUAAGAACAAAUGUAUGAAUAACUGUAGCAGGUUACGAAUCAUUUAAACAGCAAGAAAAAGCAUUAACAGAUACAUGUAUGAACAAACCGUAUAUGUAUAUACACGCGUACAUGUUAACGAGUGUACAUGUGUAUGUAUGUGUAUGCCAGAAUUUCCUAAAAGUACAGUUAAACUAUUCGAUAUCCUACAAAUUGUAAAAUAUAAAAUAUUGUCAUUUGUUUUAAGGCGCAAAAGUAGGGUUCUUAGAUAAAUACAUUUAAUACACAUACAUACAUACAUAUUGUAAAAGUACAUAUUAUAAAAGAAAACCCUUUAAAAAUGUGACAUAAUGCGUAAAUAAAGUACAUAUGAAUUACUGAUGGUUGUUUGAA